AUGACCAAGGAUUACAAAAUCGUCGUCCUCGGGUCUGGCGGCGUCGGCAAGUCUGCCCUGACAGUCCAAUUCGUCCAAAACAUCUUCGUCGAGAAGUACGACCCAACCAUUGAAGACAGUUACAGAAAGCAAAUUGAGCUAGAUGGCCAGACGUGCAUGCUGGAAAUCCUUGACACAGCUGGAACAGAACAAUUCACUGCCAUGCGAGAUCUUUACAUGAAGAAUGGACAAGGUUUCGCCCUUGUUUACAGCAUAACAUCUCAAUCCACCCUUCAAGACCUCAAUGAAAUUCGCGAGCAGAUUCUCAGAGUUAAAGAUGCUGAAGACGUCCCACUCAUUCUCGUCGGAAACAAAUGCGAUCUCGAAGGAGAAAGAGCCGUUGGAAGAGAACAAGGACAAGCUCUAGCGAGAUCCUGGGGAAAUGUUCAGUUUAUGGAGACAUCAGCCAAAUCCAAAAUAAACGUGCGAGAAAUGUUUGACGAUCUGGUUCGACAAAUAAACCGACAAGGCGGAAAACGACCAAAUCAGAAAGGCUCCAAAGGGCAAAAAUCUGAUGGUGAUGGCGGCUGUUGUGUGAUAGUCUAA